AUGACUAGCGUAAACAAACCUACCGACGUCAAGCAGAAGGAGGCAGAUGUCAACCGCAAGCUCCAGAUUUACGGCAUCAUCAAUGCAUUCUCGAAUGGCAAGGUUCCGUCGAACGAUCAGAUUGAUGUUGCCCUGAAUAGCUUCCUCGCAUCAAAGGCUCUUGGCGGUUCGAACAAGCUGUCGUCGGAGGGUCAGGCACUCGUCAAGGAUUUCAGAGACGUAGUACAGCAGGCCAAGCACCUCCUACUUUCAAAGAAUGAGGGCAACCUGCUACAAGAUUUUGUCUACCAAACCACACAGUUCGACCCCAAUGCCGUUGGCACGCCCAGCGCACCCGUUGGCAAGGACACGGCGAAGCAGCAUGGCGAUCAGGCAUUGGAGGGUUUUCGCACUUUGGGAACGCUGAUCAUUACCAACGGUCAGUUCCGCAAGCUGUUGAACGAUGCCGUUCUUCUCCUACGCGACAUUGCUGGUGAUGCUGCUCAGAACGCCGCAGGAAAGGUCAGACCUUCCGAUGAACAGCUCAGCAACAUUGAUCGUCCCGCCGAUGAUCACACAUGGCACGAGGCACCCGACUUCUCCAAGGGCAACGUCAAGGCGCAGCUUCAGAACGUCUACAAGGGUGACGCCAGACAGGAUGCUAAGAAUGUCGCCGGUGCUGGCCUCAAUGCCGCCAACCCGACUUCAAACGGUGCGGAUACCGAAGCGGGUGCGAGAGCCGCACGUGACCAGGCAUCGCAGCACAUCAACCAAAACCUGUCCGACGAGGACCAGCAAAGGAUACGCGAGACUAAGCAGAAUGUGAAGGAGACUGCCAGCCAAUACCGGGAGCGCACCAAGCAAUAUCUUGGCAACAAGAUUCCUGAGGAGCGCCGCGACCAGCUUAUCUGGCGUCUCAAGAAAAUGGUAAUCGAAUGCCAACAACACCCCGACUACCAGCAGGCAAUCGGUACCCUUCUUGAUCUUGCAGAAGAGUAUGGUGACCACAGUAGGCGUCUCGCCGGCGGCAGCACUGGCACUGUCAAGCAGACGCGCUCUAGCCUCGCCCAAGCUGAAGCUGAUCUGAAGACGUUGAUUGAGCGCUUUGCCAAUGGCACUUCCAGCGAUGAUCUGUUCUCUUCUAUCAACGCCAUUUACGAGGAUGCUGAUCGAGACCCUGAGCUCAAGAACUGGUUCAAAACCAUGAACAGCUACAUCCGCAAAUGUUUGCAGCAGCAGGGCUACAUUAUGGAGGACUCAUCUACACAAGAGUGGAACCGCCUCUAUGAUAGUGGAAACUACCUCCUGCGCCAGAAGUACCGAGGCCACACAGACCGUGUUGUCGACGAAGUUAAGUUUCUUGUGGGACAGUUCGAUGAGGAUCCAUUGAACAGGCAGUUUGGUGCCUCCAUGCAGAAGCUCUUUGCGGAUCUUGGCAAUGAUGCCGAUGGCAAGCCGACUUUCAAGCCCCACCUGAUCAGGGAUCUUACAGAUGUUAUUCUUCCAGCUGCUUUCGAGAGCAUUGCGUAUAUCCCUAUUCCCCGCAUCGAGUACAGCGACCCCAUGAUUGACGCUGUCGUGGAGAAUCUGGUCUUGGAGAGCGACAAUUUCAUGCCCAACGUUCUGGAGAUUGCUAGUGACAACUACUUCCGCUGGGGCCGCAAGCACAUUACCAACAAGCACAAGAACACCUUCGAUGUCAAGGUUGCUGGUGUUCAAAUGGAUCUGCGCGAUGUCAGCUACUACGUCAAGCGCAAGCAAGGUUUCCCCUCCAUCACUGACACUGGUGUUGCCAACCUGUACAUGGGCGGUGAUGGUUUCUGUUUCCGCAUGAAGUUGUCUAGUGCCGACAAGACUGAUAGACAACACUUCUUCAAGGUCGACAGCGUUGAUGUCGAUGUUAAGAAUCUGAAGAUCAAGCUUGUCAAGUCAAACCACAAGAUGCUCUUUGCCCUUGCUAAGCCUUUGCUGCUCAAGGUCCUCCGCCCCGCCAUUCAGAAGGUUGCCGAGAAACAGAUCAAGGAUCAGUUCAACCAGUUUGAUGAGAUCAUGUACAAGGUCAAGCAGGAGGCUGAUCGUGCCGAGAAUGAAGUUAAGGAUGAUCCUUCGCAGGCUCAAAACAUUUACCAACGCUACGCCACCUCCCUCCAGAAGCAAGUCUUCCAGGGUAAGAAGAAGGCCGAGAAUGUUGCUGCUGACAAGAAAGUCAACAUUGCUGUUACACAAGAGGAUAGUAUCUUCCCCAACAUCAAGCUUCCCGGCGGUAUCAGUUCCAAGGCCACGGAGUACAAGGAACUUGCUCGCAAGGGUGAGAAGUGGGAAAGCCCUGUAUUCUCCAUUGGUGCCGCCUCCAAGAGCACUGAUCUGCCCCGAGCCCCCGAAAUCAGACGGAAGGCUCAUAAGACAUCUUCGCCGACCCACAAUCAGUCUGAUAAUACUGGUUACUUGUCCCACGGCGACACUUCCACUGGCAGUGGUAGUUAUUCAGCCGGUCAAACGGGUUACGGCUCUAACUCGGGCUAUCCUUCCAAUAACACCGGUUAUAACAAUGGCGGUGCUUAUGCCAGCCAGAAGCCCAGCGGUAAUGGCCACCUCAAUGUCACCCCGCACGGCGGAGUUUUGAACGGCAACACCACCAAGCCUUUGGCCGAUGGUUACGCCCCAAAUGCAGGUGCCAACAACAUCGCAAUCUAG